GACACGCCCAGGAAGUAGCUUACGAAAUAGUGCGAGGGUUACAGUGGAUCUAACAAGAGGAGUUGAGAAAUCGAUGGAUUAAAAUUGGCAUGCUAUGCUUUUUUCUUUAAAUUAUAAUUUAGGAUAGGCUACUUGAGAGAGCAUUCUAACACAGAAAAUCAUAAUGUUUGGAAAUGGCGGGAGUCUUUAAUUGUGUAGCUAAUUUGAGAUUAACCCAGCAGUACACGCUUUAGCCAGAAAAAAAUCAACAGGUAUCGUUAGCCAAUAGAUUGCUCUCGUGUUUACUUAACGCUGGCCCUCGAUACCAAAUGGGAAUACGUUGCUAAUAUUUCACUUUUCUUCACUCUUCCUUUCAACUAACUUUCGGAUUUACCAAAUAUGACGCCUGACCUCCUGAAUUUCAAAAAGGGAUGGAUGUCAAAAUUGGAUGAAAAUGGAGAGUGGAAGAAACACUGGUUUGUCUUGACUGACGCUGGCCUGAGGUACUAUAGAGAUUCUGGAGCAGAAGAGAAAGAUGACCUGGAUGGGGAUAUUGACCUGAAGUCCUGUGUAAAAGUGUCCGAGUAUGACGUGGAGAAGAAUUAUGGUUUCCAGAUUCACACACGAGAGGCAGUGUUCACAUUGUCAGCCAUGACGGCUGGGAUCAGGAGGAAUUGGAUCGAGGUCCUGAGGAAGAGUGUGCGGCCUAGUAGCUCACCUGACCUCACACAACUUCCUGACAGCAACAGUGAUAAGGAAAACUCUCACUCGCGCUCCCUGUCGUCAGCACGUCGCCACCUUUCCCACUCCCACACUGACGGAGGGUCCUCUGGCUCCACCCACCGCCGGUUUGACUAUGUGGAGCUGUCUCCAGUGGCCACGCCCACCAACCCGGGAUCGACCACCCAGAGAGAGGCUGGUGAGGGUCAGGUGCGGGAAAGCGGCUCUUGGCGGGAAGAGGAGCAGACCAGGGAGGCCACCAGCCAAUGGGAGGCCGUGCUGUCACGGAAAGGCCCGGGCCAGGGUGGCGACAGCAGGCAGAGUAUCGAGCAGGACAUCGAGAGGAAGUGGGCGGAGUUUGAGCGGCUGCCGCUGAAGGAGAUGAGAUCGUUGCCGGCGACGGGGUCACGGUCGACUUCAGGACAGAUGGCCAACGAGGCGCUACAGAGGGAGGUAGUGGCGUCUCUGAGGCAACAGCUGGAGCAUUUGAAGAAGGGGGGCGAGGGAGGGGGUGGAAGAGGAGGAGGGAGUGGGGGUAAGGAGGAGAGAGGAGGAGGAGGGGGAGGAGGCGGCGGCGGCGGCGGGGGUGAGUGUGGGCCACUGGCACCGUGUGGGCGAAGCCUGCGAUCGAUGGAGCUGGCCCACCGGCAUGCCCUGGAGGAGCUGCAGAGGCAACAUGCACGGGAGAAGCAGGAGCUGCAACAGGAGAGGGACCGGCUGCUCCAGGAGGAGACCCAGGCAACUGAAAAAGCGAUGGAGGUCAUGAAGAAGGCCCACAGAGAGGAGUUGGAGCGUGAGCUGGAAAAGGCUCGCAGGCUGGGCUCUGGUGGGACAGACAGGCAGUCCUUGAGCACACAGCAGCGGGCGGAGACUGCAGCGCUCCAACGGGAGCUGCAGGGCCUCUCGGAGCGCUACUCCCAGAAGUGCCUGGAGCUGAACCGCGUCAAGCACAGCGGCCAGGAGCGCGAGCGGGAUGUCAGCCACAGAGAGCGAGACAUGGAGCUGCUCAAGCAGGAGAACCAGGACCUGCAGGCACGCCUCAUGGAGGAGAUCAACCGCAUGCGCUCCUUCGUCACAGGUCAGGGGUUGGAGGGCAUCGCAGACUGCAACAGAGAAAGGAAAGCCUGUGAGCUGGAGGUGCUCCUGAGAGUAAAGGAAAGCGAGGUGCAGUACUUGCACAAGGAGAUAAGCUGCCUGAGGAAUGAACUGCAGUGUCUUAACUUGGAGAAGCACUCUGCUUGUGAGCGCUAUAAGGAGGUGCUCGAGGAGCUGAGCGGCAUGAAGAGCAGGAGUGAGCGGGAGAUCCAGAGCCUCCGGGAGCACCUGAAGCUGGCCAUGGCUGCCCUGCAAGAGGGCCAGCGGCUGGGCAACAGCCUGGAGCACUGAUGCCCUGAAACUCCUCUAUAACAGGCUGGUCAAGAGCAUGCUGUUUAAAGGAGGACUUAAAGCCUUGAGGACAUCAUUUCAUGGCGAUGCGGAUGUUGCAAGUGCCUUUGCUUUCCAGUCAAAUCAGCCACUCAGCUGCAAAGACUUGUCAGCCGAUCAGUCACACACUGGGUUGCCCAAAUAUGCACUUUUAAAAAAGUUUUUUUUGUGUGUGUGUGUGUGUGUGUGUGUGUGUGUGUGUGCACGCGCGUACAUGUGAAUGCUUGCCCGCAUUUGCACGUGUAAGAGAGAAAGUAUGGGAGCAAUAACGUUGGUCUGAGUCUGAACUCCUAUAUGGCACAAGUGACCUACAAACUGGACUAUUCUAGAUUUCCCCCAUGUCCCCAUCUGAAUUGACUGGAUGCUGUUCUAGCUGUGUAUGAUAGUCAGAGGACCAAAAGAUUUUAAGAUUCUGUACAUGUUUUUCUCUGUGAAAACAACUCUCACAAAACAUCCCCUUGACAUUAUUUCCAGACUUGUCUGAAAGCCAUUUCCAUCAAAAAUAGUUGCUGAGACUUUCUUUUUAAGAGCUGUAUUUAGGGCCUACGUUCACUUCCGAUGGUAAGAAUAGCUGAAAACAGGACCGUUGCAGUACCAGCUCACUCUGUCAUGCUUUCAUGCAGGGUUUCCUCAGAUGAAGUGACUUCCUUCUAAAUAAUUGCCUGAGAAGCCAAAUACAGACAUUUAUGUCAAGACGUAUAACCCCCUUUGCUUAUUUAUGUGCUGUUUUUGAACUUUUGUAGAUCAGUAUGUACUUUUUUGUGCAGGUAAUGGUCUAUGGUUUGUUUUAGUCAUUUGAUGUCAAAGGUCCACAUUUCAGGCAGAGGUAGAGCAUGCAGUGGUGAACAUUUACAACAUGUUGCCAGACCUUCCUUUGCCUCGGGAUAUUGUGUGUCGGUGUAAGUUGUGUGUGCCACAACAAGCUAGUGUUGCUUCAAUGAGCCAAUAUUUUAUGUUUUUAAAAUGUUUUUUUUUUCUGAUCUAGUUAGCUGUCUUUUUGAAAUUUUCAUAUUUAAUGUAGGGUGAAAGAGUCCUGUAACAUACCAGCAUUUUACAAUAAAUGAACAGGAUUUGUCUCCA